AAACUUUCUAGCGUUGUGCGUGGUGAGUGAUGAGACUGGGGAGGACGAAGCCUCGCAUACCAAUCGAGAAACGGCUUCGUUAUUGAACAACUCUUCGGUCUCCCCAUCUCCAGCCCACCACUACCGUCGGCACAAGAGCAAAUAAGGGAUAUAAGCUGCAGUCGUCCAAUUUAACGAAAAGCUUAGAGCUGCAGUGAAAACUUUCUUUUGACUUGUCUAGCACGGUUUUACAGUGGCGGCCAGCAUGAGCGUCACUGCGGACUUCUCCCCCAAGCCAUUUCACUUUUGUAACAUCUGUCAGAAGGUCAUAAGGAAAAAGGAGAAAGGAGUAAGCGUGCAGCGACCUUUCUCGAGUGGACCCAGUGCCUUCAUUCCAGAAGACGAGGUUGUGGAGGCCUCCCAGGUGGACCCCCAAACUGAGCAGCUUCUGGCUGAAGCCUAUUCCCCAUCGGGCUGUGUGGACCACCUGACCCAGGUGAUGGGACUGCACCCUCACUACCUGGAGUCCUUCCUGCGUAGUCAGUUCUACCUGCUGAGGAUGGACGGCCCCCUGCCUCUCCACUGCCGACACUACAUCGCCAUCAUGGCUGCAGCGCGUCACCAGUGUUCCUUCCUGGUGUCUCUGCAUGUUCGUGAGUUCUACAGGAUGGGGGUGUGUCUAGACUGGCUGAAGGGCCUGCAGUAUGCCCCUCAGAGACUGAGGAACCUGAAUGAGAUCAACAAGAUCCUAGCACAUAGACCUUGGCUCAUCACCAAGGAGCAUAUUCAGAACUUGGUGAAGACGGGGGAACACAGUUGGUCUUUGGCGGAGUUGGUCCAUGCUGUGGUCCUGCUGGCCCAUUUCCAUGCCCUGGCCAGCUUUGUAUUUGGCAGUGGCAUCAACCCCCAGGUGGACGCACAGAACGCUAACGCCUUCCAGCCUGUCUACAUCAGCAACUGCUGUACAUGUGACCUGGCCAGUGACCAUCACGUUGAACGAGACGGCUGUCCCAGCAGCACCAGCCCUGGGGCCACUGACUCAGUCAGUGAGUUGGAGGCAUUGAUGGACAGGAUGAAGAGGCUGCAAGAGGACAGAGAGGAAGAUGAGGCCUCGCAAGAGGAGAUGGCCACACGCUUUGAGAAAGAGAAGAAAGAGAGCCUCCUGGUGGGCUCGGGAGAUUUCGAGGACGAGGUGAUGCCCACCUCCAGAGGAUCUCGGUUUGUGGAGGACGCCACCUUUGGGUACCAGGACUUUGCUCGACACGGGGAGGACAACCCACCCACAUUCAGAGCACAGGACUACUCCUGGGAGGACCACGGCUUCUCCCUGGUCAACAGGCUGUACUCGGACAUCGGCCUCCUUCUGGACGACAAGUUCCGGACGGCGUGCGACCUGACCUACUACAGCCUAGCCAGUCACGAGGACGUAGACACCACCAUGCUGCGACGGGCUCUUUUCAACUAUGUGCACUGCAUGUAUGGCAUCAGGUAUGACGACUAUGACUACGGGGAGGUGAAUCAGCUGUUGGAGCGCAGUCUGAAGGUCUACAUUAAAACGGUGACGUGUUAUCCAGAGAGGACCACCCGACGCAUGUAUGACAGCUACUGGCGCCAGUUCCACCACUCUGAGAAGGUCCAUGUGAAUCUACUGCUUAUGGAGGCCAGGAUGCAGGCGGAACUGCUAUAUGCUCUUCGUGCCAUCACACGCUACAUGACCUGACCCUCACCAACUACAGGGGGCAGUCUGUCUCCAAGUGACCAAUAGAAACCCCAUUUUUGUCACUCCGCCUCCCCCCAACCCCACCACUGGCCUUUCCCUCUCAGUGAAACGCAGGAAUGAGGCCUCACCGAACCAGGAAACUGUCUCUUCACCCGGCACAUGUCUCUAACACUGGCCUUGAUCUUGUGUGGCUAGAAGGGGAACUUUUAUGUUUUUUUUUUUUUUUUUUUAUCUUAACGCCAUUGUAAAGUAUGUGAAGAUGAAGGAAAUCCUACUGUGAGUGUAUAAAAUUUGACUAUUCUCAUCCUCCUUUGCAAAAUCAUAAUGCCAAAUUGGGUUUGGUGUAAUGCAGUAAAGUGGUUGGAGCUCAUGAGAUACUUGUGAAAUGUUUAUUCUGACAACCUCAUAAAGGAACGAACUCUAAGGAGGAUACUAAAUAGCAUGAGACAGUGUUACCUGUAGAAUGUACCUCUGAAUGUAAUGCCUGAAUUUGGUACAGACCCACCAAUAUCAGAAGCCAGAUGUUAUUUGACUCGUGACAGCCCUAGCACUCUUGUGGCUCUCUGAUAUUUUGUAGAAGUGCAAUAUGUCUACUUAACUUUUUGUUUUAUAUUUUUAGCAACUUGAAAGGCAAUGACACAAGUAUUUUGUACAAUAUUUUGUCCUAAUAUAUAAUAUGUAUAACAACAGCUAGUGCGCCAAGUUUUUCAGCAACAUUAUCUGGAAUGUUAGGACCCCCUUUUUUUCUUUAGCUCUUGCUUUCCCCGACUCAUCCUGCUUGCAGCGUGUUUCUGCGCCAAUAUUUUCUCUGUGGGACUGGCUCUGUUAGACCUUACACUACUGGUCUGUAUAUUCACCGGUGUUGUAGUGUACAUGAGAAACAGACGUCUCCAAACGUUUUGGAUAUCCCAUUUGUGAAGUGCAUGUCAGCAUAGCCACGGGAAGGUGUUUAUCAUCAGGGGGCCGAUAAGGGAUGAGCGUGGCGGUAUUGAACCCAUGACAGACAGCUGACCGUCCGCCGUGGUGACGUGGUAAUCGUAUGCACAGCAUUUGUGAGGUCAUAGGAGUUUGAAGCAAAUUUCGGAGUCUCAUCCUGGGGGUGCUGAGGCUGCGCCAAGAGGGGGCCCUACAUCACACGGCUAUGCAUUUCAACACUCGGAUCCGCUUUGCAGUGCAAUUUACUCUCUUCGUUUUCUAUUACAGAAUUUCACCACAUGAGCAAAUGCCUGACCCUGAAAUCUGCACUGUUAACAUUGUUAGUCUCACCAGCAUUCUUUUGAUGGUAGUUUCUUCAUCAGUGUAGGGUUGGGAAAACCAUGGUGCUUUUGUGAAUCAUUAUUGCUCUUUGCACAUUUGUAUCUGCAAAUGUAGGACCUACUGAUGGCAGUGUCCUUUGCUUUAUGCAAGUAUUUAUUGAAGAAAAAAAUACCAAGUUGGAAAUAUGCACAAAAAAAACAUCCUCUUGAAUCUUUCUUGAAUGUCAAGACUUUGAAAAUUGAGUGUAAGUCCAAGUAGUUAAGACAUAUUUUUGAAGAGUUCGAUCAAUCCCUCUGAGGACUCUAAGGCAUUCACAGAAUUACUAAUGACUAUUUGACAAACUACCUAAAGUGUGUGUUGUGUUUUUAUUUCUUCAUUUCCCUAUGUAAACGUCUUGUGUAAACAUCAACAAUUACAUCAUGCAUUGUCCAGUUCAUAACUGGUAGUCAUGCACACUCAGUUGCCCAACUAAACUAAAAGGUAUUUCUGGUCUGCAAGUUAAAGAUGCACUUUUUUCCCCUGAUUGUGCUUCAGGAAUGUUAGAAUAGUUUUAGGAGGUUAUGCCUUCUUUAUCAAAGACAUCUUUCCAUUUGUCAACAAAAAAGUAAAUUUCUGUACUGUUUUUCACCUGUUUUUGUGGAAAAUUUUAAAAACAAUAAAGAAGUUAAGAAAUUCA